GAGAAAAAUGGGUUUGCUCGAAAGCAUUCCCGCUCGAAAAUGGGAACGGAUUUCUGAAGGAACUUCGUUUUCCCAAGGGAUUCAGGCUCUAGCCGAUUGAGCCAUGGCUUCCACACCAUCAACUGUAGAAUCGAUUGAUUUGGACGUUUCUCAGUUCUGCCAUACGCCUUUUUACUGUGAGGAGAAUGUAUAUUUUCUAUGCAAGAAAUUAUGUACAAACAGAAUGGAUGAUGCAACGGGAGCUGAUCUUUUUGUUGUUUUCAUUUCUAAUGAGAAGAAGCAGUAUUUGCUCUCGAACAAGAUUACUUUUAAGCCCGGUAUUGAUCAUUUUGUUCUGAUUCCCCUUUGGCAUCAAAAAGCCAGCAAAAGAGAAGAUGGUCUUGUUUUGUGGGAUUACCAUGUGAUUUGCGUUCAGAGAAAAACAGAAGGUGUAUUUCCUUUUAUAGUGUGGGAUUUAGACUCCACUCUUCCUUUACCUAUCCCUCUGGGCAGCUACGUGUCGCAAGCUAUCAGGCCAUCGUUUCAAAUCUCCCCCGAGUAUCAAAGGCUUUUCAGAAUCAUCCAUGCUCCAAUAUUUUUUCGUCACUUCGCAUCUGAUAGAAGGCACAUGAAAGAUUCCAAUGGAAAUUGGAUUGCUAAACCCCCUGACUACGAAGCCAUUGUUGCUGAAGAUGGAACUAUUCACAACCUGUAUGAGUACAUGGCGAUCAAGGCGGCCGAUGUAUAUACGAACAACAUCGAUGUGAAAGAUGCAGUUUUUUCUCAAAAACUUGGAGCGGUCGCAAAUGAUCUGGAGGAGCUUUUCUCUCACAUUCUUUAAACAAGAAUGAGAAAGAUCUGAAAGAGUUUGAAGCUCUCUCAAUGGUUAAAGCUCAUGCCAGAUAGUAACAUUUUUCUAGGGAAAUUUGCACACGUAGUUUUGGCCAAGGGCUGUCGGGAUAGAAAUCGAAAAGAAAAAGUUGCAUGUUUAUAGAACUCACCAUUAAUUUUUAAAUUAACGAACCAAACUUAUGAAUAUAAACAAAGUUAGGAUUUAUAAUUAAUUUAUUUGCACAUGGAAAGUCGUACUCAUUCAAGUCUAAUAUUACGUAAUUUUUUUUAGACGCAUUCUACUAAACAUGAUAUUCUAUGAUACGCUUAUA